UUCAGGGGUGGCAACGGCAAGUUCACGUCGGGGUAACGCUCACGGGUUGUGGAAGUCCUGCCUUCCUCACCGAGUCACAGCCAGUGGGACUAUUUCCUUUCGGUUUUUAGGGAAUUAACGGUGAGACAGACGGUUUAACGAGCGGUGAACACAAGUGGUGGUCAAGACAAAGAAUGGCUGCACUGCGUCGUCUGAAGCAGUGCCACUCCACGGGCAUUGCUAUCUCACAUUUUCACACGAGCAGCCGUGCCUCUGCCAAGCAGCACUACAAAAUGCUUGUGCUCGGAGGAGGAAGUGGUGGCAUUACGAUGGGUGCAAGGAUGAAGAGGAUGAUGGGGGCUGAGAAUGUGGCUGUUGUGGAGCCCAGUGAGAUGCACUACUAUCAGCCAAUAUGGACGCUGGUUGGUGCUGGUGCAAAAACUCUAGCCUCAUCAGGUCGCCCCACAGGGAGUGUUAUGCCGUCUGGAGUGAAGUGGGUGAAAUCCAGAGUUCAGGAAAUAAACCCAGACACAAAUACUGUCCGCACAGAUGAUGGGACUGAAAUCACCUAUGACUAUUUGAUUGUGGCUCUUGGUAUGCAACUCCAUUAUGAGAAGAUCAAAGGAUUGCCAGAGGGGUUUGAGCAUCCAAAGAUUGGGUCGAACUACUCGGUCCAAACCGUGGAGAAAACGUGGAAAGCACUGCAGAACUUCAAAGAGGGCAACGCUGUGUUCACUUUCCCAAACACUCCUGUGAAAUGUGCUGGAGCUCCACAGAAGAUCAUGUACCUAUCAGAUGCCUUUCUCAGAAAAACAGGAAAAAGAGCAAAGGCCAACGUAAUGUACAACACAUCGCUUCCUGUGCUCUUUGGGAUCAAGAAAUAUGCUGACUCAUUGUGGGACAUUGUGAAACAGCGUGACCUACAAGUGAACCUGAGGCAAAAUCUGAUUGAAGUGCGGGCAGACAAGCAAGAAGCUGUGUUUGAAAACCUUGACAAGCCAGGCGAAACCAGUGUGGUGGAGUAUGAAAUGCUUCACGUCACGCCACCAAUGGGACCCUGUUCUGUGAUCAAAGGCAGUCCGCUGGCAGAUGAGGUUGGUUGGUUGGAUGUCAACAAAGACAACCUCCAACAUAACAGGUAUCCAAAUGUGUUUGGGAUUGGAGACUGCACCAAUCUGCCCACAGCCAAAACAGGCGCUGCUGUCGCUGCACAGAGUGCCAUCUUGAACAGAACCAUCAGCAAAGUACUGAAAAAUGAGAAGCCAGAUAAGAUAUAUGAUGGCUACACCUCAUGUCCGUUGGUCACAAGCUACAACACAGUGAUUCUGGCAGAGUUUGACUACAAUGGACAACCCCUUGAGACAUUUCCCAUUAACCAAGCCAAAGAACGAAGACUCAUGUACCACAUGAAAGCUGAUGUGAUGCCUAUCCUCUACUGGCAUGGGUUUCUACGGGGCCUGUGGGGCGGACCAGGACCAUUCAGGAAACUCUUCCAUCUUGGGAUGAAAUGAAACCUCACCAUCAGUUUGCAGGAUAACAGUUACAUUCCCAAAACUUUUAGGCAAAGACGUAGCACAUUAAAUUCACCAUAAAGGGGCCAGUACAGUGGUAACAUGUAUGGCCUGGACAUCACGACUAAUCACUAGAAGAUCGAUCAAGUUAUCAUGAAUAUUGAAACAUUAAAUCUGCUGUAAGUGGUGCGCUGAUAUUAACAUGGAAUAAAAUGACUCCCUGUAAUGAGAAAGAGCAGAAACAAAGUGAGAUUUAAAUUUUAAUUCUGCUGUUGUGUGGAACUUCUAGCUGCUUAGAGGUCAGUGUUUUGUGUUUUUUUGUGGCUCAUUGAAUGUAAUGUCUUGCUGCUUUCACCAACCUCAUUAUCCAACCACUAUACUUUUAUAAGCCAGUAGGUUUCACCUGAGUCCCACAGCCUUACUGGGGUUAGCCAGGUUCUUCCAAGGUUCAUUCAGCUUCUUGCUGCAUAGUCCAUGUUGCCCACUUGCAUCCAAUUUUAUUUGUUAAUUUUCACAUAGCAUUAUUGAACAACUAUUCUCAUUAAUCACAGUGUACGAUGUGCUCUUUUUCAGAUUGCUCCACUACAAAUUGUGUGUAUUGGUGGAGGUCAGUUAUUGUGUGUGUACUAUUUUGCCAUUUAAGGAUUUUGGUUGUCUCCAUUUUAAACGCUAAAGCAUGCAUGCAUUCUGUGAAAAUGUAUUUUUUUUCAUAGUACUGUGUCAAUCAUUUGUGCUACCAAACCUUUGGUAUGAGUCACUGUCUUCUGGGAAUGGUCGUCCAUUAACAUGGAAACGACCACAAGUGCUUUUCUUACACGUAAACAUGAAUGUCAGAUAUAGAGUUUUGUACAUAGUGAUUAUUUUUCUGAGUGCUUAACCGAGUUAUAACAUCUUGGUGGUUAUACAGUCACUGCUGACUUUGUGAUUGUAUUUUUAAAAUUAUUACUCUUUAAUCAUUUAAAUGACUGUGUACACUUAUGAAUCUACUGCAAUUACGCUGUUAAAGAACAAAGUGAAAUUGUUGCUGAAAAAUCAUAAAUAUAUACUCAGUAUAGUUUCA